CUUCAAUAGUGCUCCCACAGGCCGGAAUGGAAUGGAUGUCUCGGUGCUCAAUCAAGGGAUUCAGAUGCGCUCGUACUCGGGCGCCAUCUCGAGCUACCAACAGAAGACAUCCAAUUUGAUUUGACGAACUGAGUGUGAUAGACGGACAUUCGGUCUGUAUAUCUCGUACUCGAUAUGAAUGCUUUGACCUCUAGGGAGGUUAAGUCUCAUAUAAAAUGUGCGAGGCGAAACGUGCGAUGUCUCCAUGCAGCUGCGUUAAUUUUGAUAUUGCUGUUACUGCUUGUUUUCUCCAGUCGGAAGAAUGACCAACUCAAACGGUAUCCAGAAGGCACUACACGUAAAAGAUGACAGCUCUGUGUGGGAAUCUCUAUCCAGAUGGCUUCCCUCUCGAGACAACGACAGCAAUUACUGGUGGAAUGUUACAGGCCCCCAUAUGGCAGCGAUGCUCGAAGAGGCCGGAUACUCAAAGGAAAGGCAAUAUGAGAACUUGUUGAUCCACUACCACUGGACGGUGCCUUACAUGGGCCCAGCACCCGAUGCAGAUCGGAACGUGCCGUGGAAAUGCCUGAUAACUCAACACGGACUUCCAUUGAUAUACUCGUGGAAAUGGAACGGGCCGAGCGCAAACAGCAGACCAGAUAUCCGGAUUGGAUUCGAGCCCACUGGAGAGUCCAGUGGCACAGCAUUGGAUCCCAUCAACCAGCGGCGCACGAGGGAGCUGCUGCACUCCUUCUCGCGCCGCAUCUCCAUGGACAUGGCCUGGACGAAUCAUUUCCUGUCCACGUUCUACGAUCCUGAAACAAAGUACUGGCAGGCGAAGGAGGCGGGUGUCCCACUCGCUACUACCACGAUGCUCGGGUACGAUUAUCUGCAUGAUGGGAUGACCCUGAAGACCUAUUUCUUCCCCCGGCUCGCUGGACAGAGACUACUCCCAAUGGACCGCUGGGACGCUUCUCUGAGACAUAUACUCUCCGAAGCGGACAGCAAGGCAGGCACAAAGGCUCUGGACACUCUGCAGGACUUUCUCCAGACCAGCACCGAAGGCCAAGUCCUGGUCCCAACAGGGCUAGCCAUAGACAACGGCACCAGCUCUCCCACGGGGUCCCAAUCGUCCAGAUUGAAAUUCUACUUCCGAUCCCCACACACGACUUUUGCUUCGGUUCGCGAGAUAAUGACCCUGGGCGGGCGCAUCACAGGACUAGACACCCAGCUGCAGAGUUUGCAUAAACUCCUCGAAGACGUCACUGGUCUGCCAUCCGAUUUCCCCGACGAUGCAGACGCACCUGUUCAUCAUGGGUUCGGGACGGGAUCCUCACCCCUGGGCCGCGCAGCUUACUAUCUGUACUACUUUGACAUUGCACCUGGUGCCGAGCUCCCAGAUAUCAAGUUCUACACCCCGCUCACGCACUAUGGGCAGGAUGAUCUCAAAUCAGCCCAGGGCGUGACCCGGUGGAUGGAGGCGCACGGGCGUGGGUCGUACUGCGCAAACUACCUCCGCGUGCUGGAGAAGGUGGCUGGAGAGAAGACGUUGGAGACAGGAAAUGGGCUGCAGUCUUAUUUGAGUUGUUUGUUCAAGCAGAAUGGGGAGUUGGAUAUUACCAGCUACUUCCUCACAGAGAGAUGUUAACCAGCUAGAGGUUUCUCAGUCCUUACCUGGCUCAACCCGGAUAUGCGGCGUCAACUAGGGCUACUCAACUAGUCGCGUGGGCUUCAAAUCAGCAAUGCGAACUACCAUUUCAUCGUACCUCUGGAUUAGGUAUAUCGCGUAGGAUUGUUGACCUGGGCAAUUAUUAAUAACCGAGUAUCAGCAUGUAGGGUUUUGGUGGACGAAGCCUGCUUAUCUGCCUCAGCUCGAUUCCUGCGAUUAGAAAC